AUGAUUGAAGUCGAAAUCAGCUUUCUCCAUCUCAAUCGUAUAUCCAGAUACUUCUUCUUUCUAAGCAAAUUUCCAUCUGCUGUUAUUCAGAUGGCCACAAGACUUCAGUUUGAGAACUCAUGUGAAAUUGGGGUGUUCUCAAAAUUAACAAAUGCUUAUUGCUUGGUAGCAAUUGGAGGGUCUGAAAACUUUUACAGCACAUUUGAAUCUGAGUUAGCAGAUGUUAUUCCUGUGGUUAAGACCUCCAUUGGUGGCACAAGAAUAAUUGGAAGGCUCUGCAUUGGUAACAAAAACGGGCUUCUUUUACCCCAUACUACUACUGACCAAGAGCUUCAACACUUGAGGAACAGUCUACCCGAUGCGGUUGUUGUCCAACGCAUUGACGAAAGACUAUCCGCCCUUGGAAAUUGCAUAGCGUGCAAUGACCAUGUUGCCCUUGUCCACACUGAUCUCGACAGAGAAACCGAAGAAAUGAUCGCCGAUGUUCUCGGUGUCGAAGUUUUCCGCCAAACAAUCGCCGGAAACAUCCUCGUUGGCAGCUACUGCGCGUUUUCCAACAGAGGCGGCUUGGUGCACCCUCAUACUUCCAUUGAAGACUUGGAUGAGCUUUCGACUCUUCUUCAAGUCCCGUUGGUGGCUGGCACGGUUAACCGUGGCAGUGAAGUGAUUGCCGCCGGGUUAACCGUGAACGACUGGACCGCGUUCUGCGGUUCGGACACCACGGCUACGGAACUGUCGGUGAUUGAGAGUGUGUUUAAGCUGAGAGAAGCUCAACCGAGUGCUAUUGUUGAUGAAAUGAGGAAGUCUUUGAUUGAUACCUAUGUCUGAUGUCUGAAUACUUACAGACUUAUAUGCUUGCUUCUUUUCUUUUUUGGACUUUUGGUUUAUCCCUUUUUGUUAGAUUGUUACAGUGGAAUUGAUGUGUUUUUGGUUAUUUAUUAUGUAUCUUUUAAUUGGUAAAAUCUUAUUGUUAUUUUACUAUAUGUAACCAAUUAUUAAAUGGUUUUUUUUCUGCUCUUUUAAAUUAACUAGUUUAAUCUUCUGUGUAUCAAGAAUGUUGUAUGAAGUUCUC